UAAGGAACUUUCUUAAGGUCACACAGGUAGUAACUUGGUGGAGCCAAAAUUUAUCCAGGCAGUAUGAUUCAAAUAACCAUUUUAAAAAUCACAGCUCUAUACUGUACCUUGGGGGAGUUAUGUAAUCAAAAUACUUGUCAUAAAGCAAUUUGAUAAUAGUAAUUAUUAUAUUUUUUUUGAGAUCCUCUUGUGCACAAAGGGAUUUCUAAACUUUACAAAGAAGGUAAUAGUAAUAAACCUAUUUUUAAAAAGAAAAAAGUAAGGCACUAUAAGUUUAAUGGUCACAUCUAUACAAAGUGUCAGUUCACAGAAUAAGGGAUGCAGUGUUAACUCAGAUGACCAUUCAUCACUAUUAUAGAGCUAUCAGGCUGAAGGGAGUUUGGGAAUCAUACAGGAAAAUACACUAAGUGUUCACACAAAAUAUCUCCAAUUAGUUUGGAAAGGUCAUAUCAAAGAAAACAUUGCUUUAUGGGCAUUGAUUCAAAUAGAAGAGUUAGAACAAGAGAAUAGAAAACAGAGUGGUUUCUGAUAAAUGAAAGAAAGUCUGAACGAUCAUGCACAUUUAAAAUGGAAAAGGGCUACCCGUGACCAAGAGAGUCACUGUCAUUGGAAGGAUUUAAUAGAGGUGGUAUUGUAAAGUGGUAUUGUAAAGGUGAUGACUGGUUGAGAUGCCAGCUGGAUAUUCGGUGAACCUUACUCAUGCCUUCUCCUCUAGAAGGCACACGAGCUACAUGGAAGAAGGAAACCAAACAAAAGUUUCACAGUUCCUCCUGCUAGGCCUCUCAGAGGAUCCUGAACUUCAGCCCCUCUUCUUCGGACUCUUCCUGUCCAUGUACCUGGUCACUGUGCUUGGGAACCUACUUAUCAUCCUUGCCGUCAGCUUUGACCCCCACCUCCACACCCCCAUGUACUUCUUCCUGUCCAACUUGUCCUUUGUUGACAUCUGUUUCAUCACCACCACGGUCCCAAAGAUGCUGGUGAACAUCCAGACACAGAGCAAAGACAUCUCCUACAUAGGAUGCCUCACUCAGGUGUAUUUCUUCAUGAUUUUUGCUGGACUGGACAAUUUCCUCCUGUCCAUGAUGGCCUAUGACCGGUUUGUGGCCAUCUGUCACCCCCUGCACUACACAGUCGUCAUGAACCCUCUCCUCUGUGUCUUAUCAGUUCUGAUAUCUUGGAUCAUCAUUUUCUGGGUCUCUCUGCUUCAUAUUCUACUGAUAACACGGCUGAACUUCUGUAUAGGCACUGAAAUUCCCCAUUUCUUCUGUGAACUGGCUCAGAUUAUCAAAGUGGCCUGUUCUGAUACCCUCAUCAAUAACAUCUUCUUGUAUGUGGCAACUGCCCUGCUGGGUGUGUUUCCUUUCACAGGGAUCCUCUUCUCUUACUCUCAGAUUGUCUCCUCCUUAAUGAGGAUGUCCUCUGCUGGGGGCAAGUAUAAGGCAUUUUCCACCUGUGGGUCUCACCUCUCUGUUGUCUCCUUGUUCUUUGGGUCAAGUCUUGGGGUUUACCGUUCUUCUGUGACCCAUUCUUCCCAGAAAAGCUCAGUAGCCACGGUGAUGUACACUGUGGUCACCCCCAUGCUGAACCCCUUCAUCUAUAGUCUAAGGAAUAAGGAUAUGAAGGGGGCCCUUGGAAGGCUUCUCAGUAAAGUAGUCUCUUGUAAGUGAUAAGACCCUGGCUGGCCUUUGGGAUAAGUGGACUUUGUUGGCUCCAAAAGCAAAUGCCAUUAAUUAAAUAUUCUGAUAGUUUUUCUCCCACCAAAGACAUGCUUCAUUUCUGUUAUUCCCAAAACAUCCAUGACUUUGAUCUCUACUUGUUUUUGUACUGUUUUUGCUCCAUUCCUAUUUUGGUAAUUCUUUUUGAUUUCUCUUCCCUACAUGUUGUCUAAAAAUUUCUGUCUUUGGUUAGCUUUCUUUUAGCCAUUUCUGAAAUUUACAACCUUACAUUUGAAGCAUUUAUUAUGUCAAGUACUGACAUGGUUUCUCCAAAAAUUAACCCCUCAACAUUGAUGCUCUUCACCUUAAUUUGGUUGUGUAUAUGUUUUUCUUUCAGUGAAAUGGAUUUAAAAUUAUGCAAUAGUUAUAACCAUGUGCUUGCCACAUCAUUGAAAUUUGCUCUGGCCUCCU